AUGGCGAAUUUUCAGGCGCUUGCUGUUGCGGAGGUCUCACAUACCGAAUUCCUGAAAUUUGCCGACAAACUGGCUGCAAAUCCUCAGCCGAGAACUUUGCUUUUUACAAACACUGCUAGAUGUGGAAGUACACUAUUCGGCAAAAUGCUGAACAGGCCUGGUGUAUCUGUAUGUUAUGCUGAACAUCCAGCUUUGACAGUGCUUUCCAUAGCACUCGGUGAAGAGCUUCUGAGCGAGUCUGAUGUACGCACUUUACUUCAUGCUACGAUAACUUGUCUACGAGCACAUCUUCCUGUUGAUACUCUAUGCAUUCUGAAGACGCAGUCAUUUGAAGCGAGAUUGGUCCCGUUAUGUAAGGAUAUCCCGAAUCUUAAACAUAUCUUCAUGUUCCGUAAGAAAGCCUUGUUCUCUGUGGAGAAAGCGUGCAGGCGGUGA